AUGGCAGUUCCAAAGAAACGCACCUCGAGAUCCAAAAAAAAAAUCCGAAAAACUCUUUGGAAAAGGAGAGGUUUUUGGACAGCAUUGAAAGCUUAUUCAUUAGCGCAAUCAAUUUCUACGGGAAAUUCAAAAAGUUUUUUUGUAUAA